AUGGCGACUCCUUUCACCCUCUCAAAGGAUGGCAUCGAGAUGCAGUUUGCAACUAACCAUAUCGGGCAUUUUCUUUUGACACAUCUUCUGCUGGAGACCAUGAAGAAGACAUCUCGUGAAUCAAACGUGGAAGGAAGAAUUGUUAAUGUUUCGUCAGAGGGGCACAGGUUUGCAUACAAGGAAGGCAUCCGUUUUGCCAAACUGAAUGAUGAGGAAGAGUAUAGCACCAUCGCAGCAUAUGGGCAGUCAAAGCUUGCCAACAUUUUACACGCUAAUGAACUUGCCAGGAGAUUUAAGUUCUUUAUCACUAUGAGCUGA